GCAUAUGACGUGUCUGCCUGCUGCAGAACCGGAUGCACGUAGCUGUCCAGUGUGGAUGUCAGAUGCGGUGUAAACUGCGAAGAGGAUCGAGGUUACUGUUUAAAUCUUCAGAAAAGACUGGUCCUCGUGAAGAUGUUACUGUGGCUGCUUGGACCUGCGCUGCUGGCUCGAGCGGCCGCCUUUUACCUCCCGGGUCUGGCACCCGUCAGCUUCUGUGAGCCUGGAAAAGACCAAGUUCCAGACUGCAAGUCGACCAUUGAGCUGUUUGUGAACAGGCUGGAUUCAGUGGAGUCUGUUCUGCCUUAUGAGUACACUGUGUUUGACUUCUGCUCGGAGAACACAAAGAACCGUCCAUCAGAGAAUCUGGGCCAGGUUCUUUUUGGGGAGAGGAUUGAACCCUCACCAUACAAGUUUGAGUUUAAGAAACCUGUGGUGUGUCAGAAAGUGUGCACCAAAACCUAUGACACCAACAACCCAUCAGACAAAGCCAAACUGGACUUCCUCAAGAAAGGCAUGUUGCUCAACUACCAGCACCACUGGAUUGUGGAUAACAUGCCGGUCACCUGGUGCUAUGAUGUUGAAGAAGGACAGAAGUUCUGUAAUCCUGGAUUCCCUAUUGGCUGUUACGUCACUGAAGCAGGCCGACCCAAAGACGCCUGCGUGGUCAAUGCUAAUUUCAAUGAAAAGGAUGCAUUUUACAUCUUUAACCACGUGGACAUCACCAUCCAUUACCAUGUUGUCGAGCACGAACAGCUUGGAGCACGACUGGUUGCUGCCAAGAUUGAACCUAAAAGCUAUGAAAACCCUAAUGAUGACAGCCCUGACUGUUCUGGUGGGCCAAAGUUCCUGAAAAACAAGCAGACAGGAGUGUUCAAGAUCCCAUACACCUAUUCCGUUAGCUUCGUGGAAGACAAGAAUAUUCGCUGGGCAUCUAGAUGGGACUACAUCCUGGAAUCAAUGCCUCACACCAACAUCCAGUGGUUCAGUAUAAUGAACUCACUGGUGAUCGUGUUGUUCCUGUCUGGAAUGGUAGCCAUGAUCAUGCUGCGGACUCUGCACAAAGACAUUGCCAGAUACAAUCAGAUGGACUCUGUGGAAGAUGCCCAGGAGGAGUUUGGGUGGAAGUUGGUCCAUGGAGAUGUUUUUCGACCUCCCAGGAAAGGAAUGCUGCUGUCUGUUUUCCUUGGCUCUGGGACCCAGAUCUUCAUUAUGACCUUUGUCACCCUUUUCUUUGCCUGUCUUGGGUUCCUCUCUCCAGCAAACCGUGGGGCUCUGAUGACAUGUGCUGUUGUUCUCUGGGUUCUUCUGGGAACACCGGCGGGAUAUGUGGCUGCUCGCCUCUACAAAUCUUUUGGAGGAGAGAAGUGGAAGACCAACGUUCUGCUGACGGCCUUCCUUUGUCCGGGGGUGGUGUUCGCAGAUUUCUUUGUGAUGAACUUGAUCCUGUGGGGUGAAGGGUCGUCAGCAGCCAUGCCGUUUGGGACCCUGGUAGCCAUAUUAGCGCUUUGGUUCUGCAUCUCAGUGCCGCUCACAUUCAUAGGAGCAUACUUUGGCUUCAAGAAGGCAGGUAUUGAACACCCGGUGCGGACCAAUCAGAUUCCUCGUCAAAUCCCAGAGCAGUCAUUCUACACAAAGCCGUUCCCUGGCAUCAUCAUGGGAGGAAUUCUGCCUUUCGGAUGUAUAUUCAUUCAGCUCUUCUUCAUAUUAAACUCCAUCUGGUCCCAUCAGAUGUACUACAUGUUUGGCUUCCUGUUCCUCGUCUUCAUUAUCCUGGUCAUCACCUGCUCUGAGGCCACCAUCCUGCUCUGUUACUUCCACUUAUGUGCUGAGGACUACCAUUGGCAGUGGCGUUCCUUCCUGACCAGUGGCUUCACUGCUGUCUAUUUCCUGGUCUAUGCCAUUCAUUACUUCUUCUCUAAGCUGCAAAUCACUGGACUGGCCAGCACCAUCCUGUACUUUGGAUACACCAUGAUCAUGGCUCUCAUCUUUUUCUUAUUCACUGGUACAAUUGGCUUCUUUGCCUGUUUCUGGUUUGUUACCAAGAUCUACAGUGUGGUCAAAGUGGACUGAAGGAUCCCAACACACAACAGACUCUGUGUGGCUGGAGUAGUUGGAGGUUGCUUUGUCCCAUCAGUCUCUGGAACAUUCAGCACUAUCAAACUGAACUGAACAUUAUAAUCUGAACCUUCACCCCCUCAGAGACGUCUCUCCGCCUCCAAAAAGUUUUUUUUUUUGUUUCCGUGCCUGUUUGUGUGUGACCAUGUGUACACCGAGUUGUAAUUUCAUCCUUACAGCAUCUAUCUGAAUUGAAGUGAAUUCCAACUGUACGAGCCUCUUCCUGCUAUCUGACUCACAGAACGUUGGCUCGUACUGCGCCGCCUUUGCACAGUGCAGUGACCCACAGCUGGAACUGAAGAGUCAGCUGUCACGUCAUGCGUUUUAGGCUUCAUCCGUGCACUCUGUGUUUGCAGAAGUAUCUGAAAAAUGUGAAAGAAAGCUGUGAGGGUGUGCUUCUUAACAGCUCCUACUACUAGUUUCCCUGAUCAGUUGUGAACAUUAGUUGUGUCAAAAUGGGUCAAUACAGUGUCCAAUUUCCUCAUAUUUUUUUGGAGCACUUUUCUUUUAUUCAUGGUGCGGGGGGGAUGGGCCAGGACUGAUACAUUUCUGCUGAGUUUGGGAAAGGUGCAGGUUCAGCCACUAGCUUUCAGUUCUGUGAAAGAGACAAAUACUGCAAAGGCUGCAUUUGACAGCUUCAUCAUUGCAGGCCAACAGAAGUAUUGUAUUGUGAUCCAACAGAAAGCUGAAGUCCAGUCCUACUAUAGAGCCAGCUUCUGAUCCUCUGUGGAGCCGCUUGGUGACUGUCCUGUUUCCCAAUAUCUACUUGUGUUGUUGUUCCAGAAAAGAAGCAAAGUGUCCCAUUUGCUCCCCAAAGAGGUCUUUCUCAGCCACGUCUUUUGUCUGCAGCCAGUGGGCAUUGCACUUCAUGUGUGAUUUGUCCACUUGUCGUGGGUUUCGGCUCAGGCCCAAGCUUGAGACUUGUUUAGUUGAGAUGUUACCAGCAGGAAGUAGGUAGAUACCCAUCAAGCCUGCAUUAUGGGGAGAAAAACAUCAAUAUCAUGACAGCUUAACUUUUUGUAAAAAAUGAAACAUAUUGCUGCAAACAUACAGUUUGGAACAUGUGCUUGGUCAGAUGUGGGACAAGACUUGUAAUUUCUCCUUCUCUCAGUGACCUCCUGCAGAUAACGAGAAAAUUUCAGCGUUGAUUGAACGUGUUCUCUAAACAAACGUCUAGAACCUGGCAGCCUUCCUUCACUAUUGCUUACAUGCAUUUCUCUACACUGAGCUCACUUUACACAGUUCUCUUAAUUGAUCUAUACUUUUGUGAACAUAACAAUUAAUACAACUGUUUCCACAAACUCACUGUCACUCAGUGCAGUGAUGUAAAAGUACUAGCAAUGUAGUAUUACAAUAUGUAGGCUAUCAUCGUUGUCUUUGAAGCAGCUUUUAUUUUGUUGCAUAAACCGCAAUGAAAUUACAGCAAACGGAAUAUCACCUGUUUACUGCAUGCAUUGUCCUGCCUGUACAUACACGUGUAUAACAGCCACAUACUAUUUAGAUACACAGUACAACGGUGCGAGUGAAUCCUUCUGUAUUUGGCCAAGUACUCACUGAGAUCACAGCUUGUGUCAUUCAUCCAGGAAUGAAAUGCAUUCUUAUUUUUAUGACACACAGAUUUGGUGGUGGUUGAGUUGAAGUGAAACAACAAUUUGUGAAAUGUAAAAGAUGUAAUUGAAUGCAUCGGUAACCAAAUUGUGAGCCCGUGGUUCAAGACAGACUCACCAGCUGGUCAGUUCAUCGUCCCUCACAGCCUUGCGGUACACACUACAUUAUUGAUUCUGCACCUAAUCAGGGGAGAAGACAUUUCUUCUUCUUUGAAAGUGAAAGUCCUUCUUGUGAGAGCUGAGUCUCACGAGACAAACUCCCAUCCUUAGAGACAACACAGGUCCUGCAGCCAGAUGACUGAUGGGUUUCUUAUUUUCACUUCACAACAGUUGGUUUGUCUUUGCUCUCCACUGGUUUUGUCAUGCGAGUCAGUGAAGCAGGCCAUGUUUCAGAGGCUUCAGCUUGACCCUUUCAGCUUUUGAAACAUUUAUUGUAAAGGACUUUUUGAUGUAAAAAAAUGUGGAGCAGGAAACAAACGAGAAAGAUGGGAAUAAAUGAACCUGUUCAUUACCAUGGAAACAUUCUAAUAAUAUUCAUUUGUUUUAAACUGGUUUGUCAGGGUUUUGAUGUUAUUAAUUAGGUUGGUCUGAUGAUUAAAUUUUUUUUCUCUCUCA